UUUUUAUUUCAUUCCACCACAUGAGUUGCUUAUAGUAAUGGUCUACUUCCAGAGAGCCGGGCUGUGACCUGAGUUUUCUUGCUUUUCUUCCCCUGUUUUUAGCUCCUCAGCUUACAACAAUGGUUGCGGAAGCUAAGGCUUCAACAUCUGGCACAAAGCCGGGAGCGAACGAGACAACAAGUUCUCCUCAUCAACCAAUCAACGACCAGGUGACUAUGGUACCUCUGCUAACUGGGGACACUCCUCCUCUCCUCACCACUGACUUCCAGAAUGAACAAGGUUUUCUUGUACCUCCUAGUGGUACUGGUGGACCAUUCAAUUCUAUCUCAAAAAUGCCUUUUUUAUGUGGUGGUGUGUCCUCUGAUCCCAGUGGUGUGGAGAAACAUGACUAUGAUUUUGAGAAAGCUCAGACAACGCCAUCACAAAUCCACAAUCCUGAUGAUGAUACUUUCCAUGGUUCUGCAAUGUCAAGAAUACCUUCGUCUUCUGAUUCAUACCCUCAGAGCAAGGGCAUGGAGGAAGCUACCACAGAAAUUGGUCAGCUUCAAUUGACUGUUGGAAAACUCCAGAUCCAGGUUUUGGAGACACAGAUGCAGCUGCGUAGAUUUUUGAAUCAAUUUGGGGUGAUGGUAGGGGAGAAGCGGGGUCUUGAGCCUUCUGCUGAUGGGGUGGAACGUGGUUCCGAUGCUAAGCGCCAGAAGGCCCCUACUCUUGAGAGUGUGAUUGUGGAAGCGCUCAAGGUGGAUAGUUUGCAAAAGCUUUGUUCAUCAUUGGAGCCUGUUCUUCAUAGAGUUGUUAGUGUAGAAGUGGAGCGUGCUUUAGCGAAGUUGGGGCCUGCCAGGCUUGAUACCAGGUCUUCUCCUAAACGAAUUGAAGGACCAGAUGGAAGAAAUCUGCAACUCCAUUUCCAUUCAAGGUUGUUGCUGCCACUUUUCACAAGAGGGAAAGUAGAGGGGGAGCAAGGAGGUGCUAUUCAUGUUGUGUUACUAGAUGCGAACACUGGUCAUAUCGUAACAUCAGGACCUGAAUCAUCUGCAAAACUAAAUGUUGUAGUUCUUGAAGGUGAUUUUAACAAUGAAGAUGACUGGACAGAUGAAGACUUUGAAAGUCAUGUAGUCAAAGAACGUGAAGGAAAAGGGCCUCUUUUAACUGGGGAUUUGCAGGUAUCCUUGAGAGAAGGUGUGGGGACGCUUGGGGAACUAACAUUUACUGACAAUUCAAGCUGGAUACAAAGUAGGAAGUUUCAGACUUGGUUUGAAAAAUCGCUUCAGGCUUCUGUGAGGGAAUUCGUAUCCAUGGCAAAGACAGAACCCUUCGCAGUUAAGGAUCACAGAAGCGAAUUGAACAAGAAACACAAUCCUCCUGCUUUGAAGGAUGAUGUCUGGAGACUGGAAAAGAUUGGCAAGGGUGGCCCAUUCCACAAAAGGUUAAAUGAGGCAGGAAUUUAUACAGUAGAAGAUUUUCUACGUCUCGUUGUGACAGAUUCACAAAAAUUGCGGAAUAUCCUGGGAAAUUGCAUGUCAAAUAAGAUGUGGGAGAGCUUAGUGGAGCAUGCGAAGACUUGUGUCCUAAGCGGGAAGUAUUAUGUAUACUAUUCUGAUGAUACAAGGAAUUUUGGUGCUAUAUUCAAUAGUAUCUAUGAAUUCGCUGGCUUAAUUGCUGGUGGGCAAUAUUAUCCAGCUGAAAGCCUCAGUGAGAGCCAGAAGGUGUUUGUCGAUACCUUGGUGAAGAAGGCAUAUGACGAUUUGAUGAAUGUUAUAGAAUAUGAUGGGGAGGCUCUUCUAAAUUUUAUGCAGAGUAAGCAAACAACCACUUUCUGGAAUGAAGUUCCAUCUGCCCAGGCAAAUUAUUCUGCUUCCUAUGAUCAACAACAAGUCUCUCAAGCCAGCCUGUCAGUUUCUGUUCCUCCUGAUCAAUCUUUAAUUGAUACAGGAGUAACCUCGGGUGGGGGUGUCAUCUCAAGUAGCUAUGGUGGAAAUCAAUCAGGCCAAUAUUCCACUCAAACUGAGCAUGUGGCGCCCAAUGCUCAGUUACAGUAUGAAAGCAGUUCAUAUAAUUCACAAAACCAGUUCAUUGAUUCUUCUCAGCGGGCCCAAAUCACAAGAAAUGAUAGUACCGGCUUGGUAUUUUCCCCAUCGCAACAACCUAGCUUGGGUUUGCAAUCCAUGACUCAGGCCUUACACCAAUCUGAGGAAGAAAUUCACAUGAUGAUCCUCGAACUGCAAGGGAAUGAAGAUGACUGCACCACCCGUCAAAGAGGUAGCCGUGUUGAUGAUAUCUUCUCUGAGGAGGAGAUGAGAAGCCACGAACUGCUAGAGAAUGAAGAUAUGCAGCACUUGCUCCGUGUCUUCAGCAUGUGUGGUGCUGCAUCAUGCCCUAACUAUAGCUUUGACGAGGAUCUCAACCACAUAUCAGGCAAAGCUUUCGUGGGAUGGCUUAAAAUUAAGGCUGCUAUGAGAUGGGGAAUUUUUAUUCGAAAGAAAGCUGCUGAGAGGAGAGCUCAGCUUGUUGAGCUCGAGGAAUGAGAAUCUCAACCUUACAAGUUUUAGAAUUCGUGAUAGCAGUUGCCAAUCUCAUAUGACCUUUGUGACAACUCGAGGAUGGUUAGUGAUCACAAAAUUCUAACAUUUAGUGUCACAACAAGGGAUCCACUUGUACCAUUUAUCUAUACAGCAAGCCGUCCUUCCGUGUUCACUGCUAAUGUGUAGUAAGUUUGAUGAUUACUGAUCAUUCUGUCACCGCAAACUAUGCACAUGAGCUGGAACAAACUCGAACUCUCUGGUAAAACACAAUUGCUUGGCCAUUGAUCAUCGUAGUUUUAAUGCUGCCACUAGUCCAUGAACUGCUUUGUUAGUUAGUCAACCAGAUGAAGACUUGAUGAUGCUUGCUUGUUUUUUCCCUCUUUGUCUUAUGAAUAGAGAACACUUUUGGGCUUGCUUGUAUGUAAUCUGUUGUGUUUGUUUUAAUUUUAAAAACUGUUAAAAUGGCUUUACUUGAUUUAGGCAGUUCUGCUUUGUGUUUAUGUAAAAUGUUCCGCUUGUGUUUGUUAAUAUGCAGCUAGUGUUUGCAGUUCCAA